UAGUAAAACCGACUCUGCCUUAUUUCUACAUUUGUUUUUUACAAUAAGUUCCGGUAUCUGUUUUCCUUACUCGUUGCAGUCUGAAGCAAAAUGGCGCACAACUCAACAUUGAUCCGUAAGGCGAAAACAACCCGAUUAGAGAACCCGUCGAUAGCCCAGACUUAUCGACAGCAGGUCGACGAGUACGGACCGUCGAAAGAUAAGAUUUCCAAAGUGAGUAACAAUCGACGCACCAAGACAUCCAAACAGCAGAUGCCGGAACCACCAAAAGAUAUUAUCCACAAUAUGAGCAGGAUGAGUAAUCCGUUUGAUAUGGCCCAGUCUUCCAAAAAUGCGAUCAGAGUUGCCGGAGGUGGCGGUGCAGCAGUGACUUCAAAAUACCAAAGCCGUGUUACUCUAAACAGCCAACCAUCCAAAACUGUUCGACCCUCGGUGACUACAGCUAGCUUUCAAAAACUGACACCCAAGGAGAUAAAGGAGCUCAAGGAAACCAAAGAAUUCAAAGUUUUUAAGGAACCCAAAGAAAUCCGAUGUUUUAAGGAACCCAAGGAGCUUAAAGAACUUAGGGAACACAAAGAGCAGAAGGAGCCCAGGGAACUGAAGGAACCUAAAGAACCCAAAGAAACCAAGGAUCCCAAGGUUAAGGGUGCCGAUAAAUCACCCCAUCUCAGUCAUCGUUCCACCCGUCAUAACACCAAUCGCACCAAGAACUAUUUCGAUAAAUACCUUAAGUUCGCCUUCGAUCUAAGUACUCCCGAGGGAGUUAAGAAGCUGGAGGACCAUUUCUUUCCCAACCAAAUCCCAAAUGCUACUGGCAGCUUGAACCCUAAGCAAGAGGAAUAAUUAAAUCACGAUUUUGAUCACUUUAAAGGCGAAUUAUGUUGUGCCCAAAUUUUCAAGUUUUUUACAAAAUGAUUUUUAAAUUGCAGCGAACCUUUCUUCUGAAAUCAAAUUGGAAAAUUGUCAAAUGCAAAUGUUAUACAAGUUAAUAAAUCGAAAUCUUAUGAUUUUCUUGUUAAUUAUGUUAAUUAAA